GAGGAGUCCGUCUUUGCUGUGUGUAACCUCUUGAAGGUAUUCUUUCGCUGCUGGUGCCGAGGAUCGAUCAUUUAUCGCCGCUACCCUAGGUCCUCGUGCAAAUCACACACCCUUCAAUCGUUGCAAAAUUUAGUCGAGAGAAUUUUUGGCUUCCAACUUCGACUAUCAGUGUUUGCUGUGGUUUGACGUGGCCCUCUUCUCAUCGAUCCUUCCUUAAUUCCUUCGCUACAGUGAACAGAAAGCCGUUGCAGCCAUGACAGGAAAAAUGAAGUUAUAUAAGUUGGUGGUGUUGGGAGACGGAGGUGUUGGGAAGACAGCACUUACAAUUCAGCUGUGUUUGAAUCACUUCGUCGAAACAUAUGAUCCCACCAUCGAGGAUUCCUAUAGAAAGCAAGUCGUGAUCGAUCAGCAACUAUGUAUGCUGGAGGUACUGGACACGGCCGGUCAAGAGGAGUAUACGUCGCUGCGUGACCAGUGGAUUAGAGAUGGCGAGGGCUUCGUUCUCGUGUACAGCAUUACCUCCCGGUCUUCGUUCACCAGCAUACAGAAAUUCUACAACCAAAUCCAGCUUGUGAAGGAAUCCGCGAGCUCCGGCUCACCAACGGGCGCCGGCUACCUCUCAUCCCAGAUGAAUGGCUCCAAUUCAGGGCCACCCCAGCCCGUCCCCGUCAUGCUGGUCGGAAACAAGUGUGAUAAAGCAGUUGAGCGGGCUGUUUCCUCGCAGGAAGGGUACGGGCUGGCAAGGGACCUUGGCUGCGAAUUCGUUGAGGCGUCCGCCAAGAACUGCAUUAACGUUGAGAAAGCGUUUUUCGACGUUGUGCGACUCCUCCGACAACAGCAGCAACAGCACCAAUUUCAGCAAACUCAGCACUCUACACGGCAUCUAGACAGGCGAGGCACCGCAUAUGGUGCUGCAUGCGCACCCACUGGCGCCAAAUAUACGAGGUCCUUUGGGACAAACCGCAAGGAGACCCGCAGUGGCUUGAAGUGCAGGAUCUUUUGAUUGCUUGGCUCCCGGCACUUCCAUUAAUAGUUAUACUACCAUCCCGACUCCCUAGUCCUUCGUGGUCGCCUCGCUUCCCCCCCCCUCUCUCUCUCUCUUCUCUUUUGCUACUUUAAAAAAAAAAGGAAAAAAAAGGAACCAAAACCAAAAAAAGGAACAAUUUCCCCAUCUCUCCUUACGAUAUCAUCUUGGAUGCGCAUAGCUUCAUUCCUCUCCCAGAUUUUGUCUCGGUACGGUUUCCUGCAUUUAUGACGGCGCAGUUUGAAGCAAAUUUUCCGUUAUUUACCCUCUCUCACCCCAGAUCCUUUCUGGGGACGCGAUGAUCGAAUUGAACAAUGACCGGUUUUGCUCUGGGAUACGAAUGAUGCAUUCUCGUUUAUAUUGGGUCUUUUUUUAAGUUUAUGCUCCCCUUCACCCUCCCCUUUUCCUUAGCUGAGGCGUCAUGGGUUCCAUUUUAUUUUUUGUUAUUUUUCAUUGCUUUUUCUUUUUGCGCAUCCCGUCAGUGUUUAUAUCGUGGAACCCCCGGGCUGUUGGACUGUUUGCCUUUUUUUCUUUUUCUUGGGGGAUCUCCUUUUUGAUAUACCAACUACGAUAGAGGUGAUUUCUCUGAAUGUUUGGUCUUCCAGUCAAAUGUCAUGCAGGAGCUGUUUGUGGUUUCAAAGGAGGUCUCAGAGAUAAUGAAAAGGGAAGGGG